CAUGCACAAUAUCGUCAGUGCUGUAGAAGUAGGUGUAUUGUGCUUAGCGCAAUGGCGAAUCCAGAAGUAGGUGGUGUGAAUAGAACUAUAGAAGACGGCAAUGCAGUCGUAAACUCUGGAUCAGGGGCUAAUAAACAAGAUCCAGAUCCAACGUCAGACACAGAGCAGAAUGUUAAUGUGGAUAUGACUAACCAGAGAUCAGGCAGUAAAAAGAAAGCCUGUUUUCAAAUCACAAGUGUGAGCAAGAGAAACGAUACAGAGAAUGACCAAGAUGGGAAUAUGGAUGACCCAGACAGUAAUGAUGAACUAGAUGAGAGUCGAGCAGAUGAAUUCUCAUCUUCAGAACUUGUAGAUUCUUUCAAUGUAUCCAAAAAUAGUAUACACGAUGUAGACCCAUCGGUAGACGAUGGCGGUAACUCUAAAAGUAAAACGAACAGUGCUGUAUCUAGUUCAAUGCCUGCAUCAGCAAGUGCUGAAGAACAGUCGUCAAAUUCAAAUAAUGUUACAUCCAAUGCAAACCAGGCCAAUGGUAAUGGUCCCCAUCGGUUCAAGGUGGUCAAGGUUGCCACCGAACCGAUUAGAAAAGGGAGAUGGACAUGUAGGGACUUUCCAACGGAAACGGCCAAAAGUCAAACAACUCCCGAAGGCUUACGAAAUCAAGACUCGAAUAAAGAAACGUUAGUGCAUUCUGGCAAUUCAAGUGCUGCAAGUUCUGUUCAUUAUAUUCAUGGUCAAGACAAUUCCGAAAAUCCGCUCUUGCAAGUUGACGAGAGCGGGAAGCCUACCGAGUUGAGUAGGAAAUUCAGCACUAAUAGUUUGAAAGACAUGAGAAACCAUAGCGAUACUGGAAUAGAUAAUGACCAAAAGGAUGAUAGGCUUGGUCUGGAUCAGUUAAAGGAUGGAUUACUGGAGCAUGCAUCGGAAUCCACAGAAGGAGACGACGGGUAAGAACAUAAUCUCAUAAGUUAAACAAUAUUAAUUAUACCUAAGGUGACUUUA